CCGUAACAUUGUAAUUUUAAGACAGCAGUCUUUUGUAUGAAAAGGUACCAAAUAAACCUGAAGUAAACAGGCUCACAUUGACGCCAUCCCAACCCCAGCAUGUCAUGUCGACCCAACAGAAUAUCUCGAAAAAAAAACGCUCGACAUCAUUCAACGAAAUUAACGAUUUAGAUGAUAUCGCUCUGAUCACAAGGCUUUCUUCUGGUGCACCGCCUUCGAAAAGAGUUCAUCAUCCGCAACAAUUGCAGCAUCCGAAGCAUACGCUGGAACAUCCCGCGCCGCUUCUUAACAGGAGGGCCUCUCAUCCGCUGCCUGACAGUCCGUUGUCCAGAAAUAAUGCACGUGAGCAAGUCAAGUCAUGGAUAGACUAUUUCGGUAACAUCUUCUUCCGUGCCACCGAACAGAUCAAAAGAGCUAGAAGAUUUCUGCCUUGGAUGGAGUUACUAAGAGCUGCGCGCAAUCCAUGGCGCAGAAUAUCGCUUUCUCUCGAGGACGAAAUGGUUAUCAUCUUGGACUGA